AUGGAAAACGAAAAAACAACAUGGUCCUGUAAGAAUAAUAAUAAUAAAAAACCAUCCCAAGAUUUAGAAAACGAUGUAUGUGUCCCUCCAAGAGGACAAAAAAUAUGUAUAUCAAACAUGUACAGAAGUCAAAAUAUAGUGCCUACUGCAUUUAAUGAUACAACUAAAAUGAAAGAAACAUUAAAAUCUGCAAUAAAAAAAGAAACACAAUUAUUAUGGGAAAAUUUCGGAUCAAAAGAUAACGAUAAAGCUUGUAGAUUAACACAUAGAAGUUUUAAUGAUUUCAAACAUAUGGUUUUAGGUGACAGCUUGUGGAAACCUGAUAGUUUCAAGAAAAUACAUAAUAAAAUUAAAGAAAAACUUGAGCAAUAUAAAGACUCAAAAACUACUAAUUCAAAAAGUGGUACACCUAAGGCCACUGGUUUGGAAUGCCCCCGACUCAUUAAUGAUGAUGAUCAAUUUGAAUGGUGGGCAAAAGAAUGGUCGGACGAUUUUUACGAUAAAAGAAAAGAAUUGGCGGGACAGGUGGAAGACAAAUGUAGUGGUGGUAAGAAUAAUUGUAAUGGUACUAAUACGAUAACUGAUGCAACGUGUCAAUCCAAAUGUACCCAAUAUAAAAGUUUUCUUACACUUAAACGGAAAGAGUGGACAAAAAAUUUCCAAGCAUAUUUAAAAGAACAAGAAACGAAGAACCCUGAUAAAUAUUCGGAAGAAAUAUUCUAUUUAUUAAACCCUUGUACUUAUCAGAGUUGUGACAAAGCAUAUAUUACAGCAUUAUUAAGUGAGACUAAACAAUAUGGAGAUAAAGAAAAAAUAUGUAAUUGUGACAAAUCACAAACACAAGAGACAGAUGAUCCGUGUGAUAAUAAAUUUGAACAUUACGGUUGUUCUCCAAAAAAGUUUGAUAAAAAUAUUUGGAGUAGUACAUAUGUGAAAAAUCCUAAAGAUCGAGGUAAAGUUUUUGCUCCUCCAAGACGUAACAGUAUAUGUAUCGGGUGGUUAUUCUCUCCAAUUAGAGAAACAAAUAAAGAUAAAACCAAAGGUGAAUUGAAACAAAAAAUUAUGGACGCAGCAAAAGGGGAGUCUCACUACUUACACAAGUAUUACACAAGUAUCAGCGGUAGCCAAGCUGAUAGCGCCCCCACAUCACCCCCACCUGGAUAUUGUGAUGCAUUGAAACGUUCGUUCGCAGAUAUUGGAGAUAUGGUUAAAGGUACAGAUAUGUGGAUGGCGGGUAUUCUCCGCUCGAACAAAUCAAAGAGGAUCGAAAAAAAUGGUGGGAUCAAAAUAAAGGUGCCGUGUGGGAAGCAAUGA